CUAAAAUCUUAUUUAUCUGUGGUAAUGCAUCAUUAUCAUCAUUCAUCACCUUCUGUCCUACUCCCUCUUUUUACUCAAGCUAACUGAAGGGGAGUGAUACCCGUUAUCAAUCGCCAUCAAAAUGGUAGCUGCCAAGAAGCAGAAAAAGACCAUUGAGUCGAUCAAUUCCCGAUUGGCUCUGGUGAUGAAAUCUGGAAAGUAUUGCCUGGGUUACAAGCAAACUUUAAAGACAUUACGUCAAGGCAAAGCUAAAUUAGUCAUCAUCGCCAAGAACGCUCCCCCACUAAGGAAAUCUGAAAUUGAGUACUACGCUCUAUUGGCCAAAACAGGCGUUCACCAUUACAGUGGUAACAACAUUGAAUUAGGUACAGCUUGUGGAAAGUACUACAGAGUGUGCACGCUUGCAAUUACUGACCCUGGAGACUCGGACAUUAUAACAACACUUCCCGAAGCAACAGCGUAGAUAAUAAAGUUAUAACAAUUUA